GAAUGUCACAUUAUGCAACAUCCGUUCUCUACAAGUUAUACAAUUGUGAAGUCUAUGUUUCGGUUAUUUGCUGUACGAAUGGCAGCUAACAUAGAGAUCACAGGCUACCGUAGCAGAAAUAACCUCUGCACAUGGAGAAACUGUGCUCUCUGGUUUUAAUGAAAUCCGCUCCAUGUGAUAUUUGAGAGUGCAAACCCCAUCCAGCUAUUUCGUUUGAUUCAGUUUUAUUGGGAGCAUAUCGGUAGAAUAAAAUGCCACUUCAAGUUCCCUGAUGAGUUCUCAUUUUGCCUUUUCCUUCCUGGUCUGGGGAGCAACGCAAGAUGGGAAAACUCUCGAAUCUCUGCGUGCUCAGUGGGACCCUCGACUGAACAGCGACAGUGCUGAAGACACCGCUGUCUGCCGCUGUUCCGCUCUGCCGCUGUCCGUGGUCCUGAAGUAGAGUGCGUCGUCUUGCUCACAAGGGUCAUGAGAGGCGCCGCUGUUCCUGCAUGCUCCUCUAAACAACAUUGGCCGUAUAGGCGGAGGACUUGAUUCGGUGCUUUUUCGCCUCAACUUAUUGAACUAACGAGCAUCAAGCUGUGAUUGUUACUAUGUUCUCAACUUCUUCCCGGCGAGUGCGCACGGAAAAGUGUGGAAGAUAAAAACGUAUAUUUUGGCUAACAUUUAACUUUCCCUCGCGAAAAGGAGAUGUUAGGUGUAAAUGUCGUAUCUUUUAGAUAUUUGUUCUCCUCUUAAAGUUGUAUCUUCCGGAUCUCUGGUCUAUUAUCUUUCCCAUUGCCAUGCACGCGCUGCUGGAUGUAUGCAACAAGACCGAAUGGUGUUUUUGAUCUGCAGCAAUUGGAAGUUGAUUGAAAUGAACCUCACUGCCGUGGACGUCUAGGAUCAGCCUAUUGACAACAAUAGAGGGAAUUAUAAUUUUUCGAGUCUUAUUUUUCACACGUGAACUGCCUAUUGUGGUGUUGUUAUCUUAAUCUCUGGGAAAUAAGGGAUAAUCAUGUAUCAGACCGAUUUGUGUGUGCAUAUCACAUCGCUUGCGCUGCUCCAAAGGCAUCGGUACCGACAAUGGUCUAGUAUCUAACUGCUUUUACGCACAACAAUAGCAACUGAAGGGGGAUUAUCUUUUUAUCUGGAGCCUGGUGGUUUCAUCGAAUUGUUCAUCUGGAAGUUGUUGUGUCCUGUGUUUAAUCCGUUCUACCGGUUUGGAUCUCUGUUGAUCCCGACUCCUACCAGUGGAACCAGGCAUUUCAACGCGGAAUACCGCGGCGAAGGAUGGGCCCUCUCUUUCCAAUGACCUGCGUUGUCCUCCUCGCCCUCCACGCCACUGUGUCACCAGCUUCCUUCAGUCCCGAGGAUUACGCCGCGGACGAGGCGGAGUUAACUGCCAACAGCGACACCAUAAUUUUCGACGACUACCGGGGGAAAGUUUGCGUGGACGACAGUGGCUUCGUUUACAAACUGGGGGAACGUUUCUUCCCGGGACACUCGAACUGCCCGUGCGUUUGCACCGAGGACGGGCCGGUGUGCGACCAGCCAGAGUGCCCCAAGAUACACCCGAAGUGCACAAAAGUGGAGCACAAUGGAUGUUGUCCAGAAUGCAAGGAGGUUAAAAACUUUUGUGAAUACCGGGGAAAAACAUACAAGAUCCUGGAGGAAUUUAAGCCUUCGCCUUGUGAGUGGUGUCGCUGUGAACCAAAUAACGAGGUGCACUGUGUGGUCUCUGACUGUGCCGUCCCAGAGUGUGUCAACCCAGUCUACGAGCCAGAACAGUGCUGUCCCAUCUGUAAAAACGGUCCAAAUUGCUUUGCCGGAACGACGAUCAUCCCAGCCGGUAUUGAAGUGAAGGUGGACGACUGCACCAUCUGCCGCUGUCACAAUGGGGACUGGUGGAAGCCAGCACAGUGCCUGCGCCGGGAGUGCCUCAACGGCCAGACGUUGUCAUAGAAACCCCUCCCGGGACAGUGUCGGUGAUGUGCGGUCAGGGAGCGCUCCUGCCUGCUGCCGUGGCAAACCAACAAUGCCCUCAUCUUGUGUUAUUGAUAUGAUAUGAUGGACAGGACAGGAGCCCAAUUCCUUGGCAACUUUGGCUAGGAGACUGCAUAACUAGCUGAAAUGAAAAGCUCUUGUACACAGUACCUACACACCACCACAACUUUAAACACAGAGGAGAGGAGAGAGCAGGAACUUUUAUUGAGACUGUUUUUUCCCUGUUUUGACUGUCUGACUAUAUAUAUUUUCUGAUAAUUACUUCUUGCUUGUGCUGCUUAUAAACACAAUAUAUUUCAUGAACUAAUUUCCUCCUAACCGUUGGCACUGUUAAAAUGCUCAGUUGUUUUCUGUAAGUCUGUAAGCUUGUUGUAGCUCUCACUCACUCACUUACAGGUGUUUUGAAAAUGAGAUCUAGGAGGGUUGAACAGGACACAAUGACCGGACAACCAGUAAGCACACAAUUCUUGGCGCUUUUAGAACAAAUGGGUCUGGUGUUUAAAUGGAAUAAGUGAGAUGUCUUCAUCAUGCCACUCCAGUGUGAUUUACAAUGGUCACCCAAGGAUAUCACUCACAGCUCUUGGCUUCUCACUUCUUGUAUGAUCUCUGUUUGAGUCAAUAACAAAAGUUCACUCUUGGGGAUGGGGUCACUGAAAUGAAUGACAUACAAUGUCAGCAUCCCGAUGUGUCAUCUGGGCUGGCAAAAGCUGCAUAACCACAAACAGAUCCCCUCAGUUACAGUAUUUACAACACAGAAUAUUAUUGAUGAGACUGUCUUUGAGGUGUUCUUCUCUGCAUGGGGAGAAUGGAGGUCAGUUUUAUCCAAUUUGUCCAACCAAUACAUUAGUAAGUGAUAAAUCACUGGAAAAAGUAGAAAAGGGAACCAACUUUACUUACUACAGGAGUUGAAAUAAGGUCUUUAGUUAGAAGCCAUGCAACCUAUAACAGAGGGGGUAAAAACUGCUCCAGCAUCAAUACACUACCGGGGCCAUUCCUCUUGGCUUAAUUGCCUUUAUUGUUUUCCCUGACGGCCCAAACCAACAAAAAAUAUUCCUCAGAGCGAACAGCUUGAACUUGUUAUCUAAGCAAUUAGCGAGCCAAGCAGCGGCCUGCUUUAAUUUCCCUUAAUCAAGGAGUAUUCAGGCCGGGCCUCUCUGCUCUCAGCAGUACGUCGCCCGCCUUUCGUCUGUAGGCAGAAGCCAAGCACCAAGCACACUCGGCAAGAACUCUGAGAGAGACAAAGGGGAAAUCUGCAUAUGUCUUCUUGAUGCUUCAAAGCAAAGGAGCACUCAGACACUCACACAUAUGCACACACACACACAUACUUGUACGCAAACCCUCUCGUCCUCCAGAGGCCCAUACGUACAGCUUGCACAGUACUGGUAAUUCCUUUUCACCUUAAAACAUGUUGAUACAUUGUACCCCAAGAAGAAGCACUGAAGCCAAUAAGGCUCUCGCUGAGAUAAAAAAAAAAGCUCCUAUCCUCCCGUUUUUAGAUUACACAAUAGAUUGUUUGAGCUAAUGCAUUGCUUUGCCUAUAAAUUCCUAUUGGUUUCAGCAUCACACUCCAACCAACUCCACCCAACCUGUGUAGCGUGCACAACACACGCUCUCUUUCUUUUUAAAAUGAUGAAUACUAGUCAUUAAUUCGAAGGCGAAUUUCCCACUAAGCACAUGCAAUUCAUCACUGAUACUUUUUGUAUGUGUUUCAGUGAGAAUCCAUUCCUGUUAACCUUUUAGAAGCUAUUCCUCCUGUUUGAUGGAUGAACUACUUAAUAACGCCUUCCAGCUCCUGGUAAUGAGACAGAAAUGAACACAGGAGACCCCUGACUAGAGGUGUCGGAAUAGAAUAUCAAAUAGUCUACAUCCCAAAUGGCAUCCCAUUUCCUUUGGGCCCUGGUCAAAAGUAGUGCACUAUAGAGGGAAUAGGGUCCCAUUUGGGACACAAACAACAUAUACCUUACCUAACGAGCCGACCCUCCCAAACAUAUCUCUGUCUGCACUGCAGCCACAGUAUUGUAGACUACAUUCUGUUCUACUCAGCUGCCUGCAGUCUUAUUAUUAUUGAAUGAUGGGGAAUUCAAAAGAUGAACGAAUGAGGGAAGGGGACUUAAAUUUAGAUUGCAUCAUUAUGGUUAGAGUUGCUCAAGUCAUUUUUAUCAUGACCUUGUCUUGUGAUGAAUGAGUCAGUCAUAAUGAGAAGAGAGACUCCAUUUCUCAAGCCAGAAUACCUACACAGGCAAUACACAUCACUCUACAGGUCCAUACAUUGUAUGAGACUCCAUGACACCUUUAUCGGUCAUCUCUUUUAAUUAGGUCUAUCAUAGGCCUGAUAUCUGGGUCAUUCAUUUUUAUGACUGGAUAUAGAUUGUUUCGUCCUCCUUUAUUAUUUUGUGUAUCUUGUGCAGAACGAGGCUGCUAGCUAUCUUUUGAUUUCUCACCGUUUUUUUUUGCCCUUUUGUCUUUUAAUGGUUGCUCUCAAUGUAAAGACCUUCAUGAUUUAGUAGUAGUGUGGGUUGUAGGGUCAGCUAACCUGUGAUCCCUUAGUACCUCCCUCAAGCUCAUGCAGACCAGACCCUCCGGUCUUAGAUCAUGUUGAAAUUACCCCUCUCACAUUGAUAACAACUCAUUAUGAUACUUUCUCUCUAUUAGCGUUGGCAUUGUUGUUUGUCUCGUGAACAUUUAUGCAAUGAUGGAAGGAAUGUCUUAUUAGAGUAAUGCAGAAGGACACAUUCAAGAAUGAAGGUCAGUAGUCUCGUAAUUGUUUUUAACACCAGUUACCACACAACUUCUUAAACGGGUUACAACAGGGAGCUUUCAGAGUGGUCCAACUGUACAGUGACCUUCCAGUUUGGUAGGAGAAUAUUCUGAAGUGUGCAGUAGAUUUUGAAUCCAUCUCUGAGACCCCAGCUGGAGUGAAGAAUGAGCUUUAUUGAGCAAUAGUUAAACAAAUGUAUCAAAAGAUAGUCUGAGGGAGCAGUCAAUAUCCCUGUUCAUUUUCUGUUCAUAAAAGAGUCUGGUCUUUUGUGUGUGUCUGACCUUGAAAGUCUAGCCUACUGCUCAUGCACUCACUAGCCUGACAACCCACUCCAAACACUGCUCAUUCACCGCCUGUCACCAUGCUGUAAAGGUGUACCAUACCAUUGCUCUUUUCAUGAGACACCGACUUAUUGUAGCUGGACGCUAUGAAAGAUUGUUCUAUUGGUUUUAUUUUAUUUUACAGAAACUCUUAUAUAAAGUGUGCCUGAAAACCAACAAGAGUACUAUCUAAUAUGGAGAGAAACACUUAAACAAUCAAACUGUAUUAUUACAUGGGCACUGUGGGUUAGUCCUAAAGAUUAUACGAAUAUUAACUCCUACUGUUAUAAUUUAAUGUUAUAUUGAAUUAGAUCCAGAAAUUAUUAUAAUAAAAUAAAGACAGGAUUUGUUUGGAAGUACCAAGACACACAAACACCUCUACACCAUAGCUUAGAAGACAUCGUGGGUAAAUCUAAUCAAACACUCCAGAUGUUUAUUCCAAAUGAAAUUAAACAACCCUUGGUGCCCUUCAUGGUGUAUAAUAACUUGUAAAUACCUUCGAAAUGUAUAAUGUGUGUUCUGGAAAUCAUUGUAUUAUUUAUGAAGACAAAAACUAUUUUGUUAAAGACUGAAAAAUAAGUGUUAUUAUACAGCAAA